AUAUGUCAGUUUCAAAUUUAUCAACAAGAACAUAACCUUAAAUGCAACAAUUACAUUUUUUUUAGUUUUAAUUGUUACAAAAAUGGCUCACAGAAACCCACAGUGCAUUUAUGACCACAAUCACAGUUUACCGAUUUUCGAUAAAAACACUUUCACUGAAAAUAGAAAUCUCAACAUAAAUAUCACUGAUUUCAACGAACAUAUUCAAAUAAAAGUUCGCGAUGCGGCUGACUUCGUUUUCAAUUACACUUCACACAUCGACACAAGACAGUUUGAGCUGAUGCGAAGCGAACAAUCGUUAGACAUAGAUUUCGUCGAAUUUCGAACAAAUUUAAUAGAUAUGUUGCACCAAGUGCAAACACGAGAAUUGUUUUUAAAAUGCGAAAUUGAUGUCAACCGAAGCAAAUUAAUUUUUUUCGGAAAAUCAAAAAUAAAAGCUAUUGUAUUUCUAAUAAUAGAUUUACAAAUGACGAAUCAGAAGGAUGUUUUUAAUGAAAUGAACAGCAACAUCCUAGACCUUCAAAUGAUAAAUAAGAAUCUCGUUUCUCAAAUGGCUAGGUUGAAAACGCGCCUUGAGGAUAAGGAUACUGAAAUUGAGAAUUUUAUUUCAAUUAAUAAACAGUUAGAAAAACGAUUUCGAGAAGAUUUGGUAAAUUUGAGCUACGUUUUUUCUAAUAAAUUACAAGAGUGUUCAGCUUUAUUGCUACAUAAAAUUGUGUUACUCACCCAGAGGUUGCUCAAGCUGAUUCAAGAUGUCGAAGUUGUGAAACAUGAAUCACUGCUGAAGUCAGACUCAAGCGCACGACUUCUUCAAAGCAUGGAAAACUUGAGACUGGAAUCCAUUGAGACUUCGAGAAUUGUGAAUGAGCUGAAAAGAGAAAAUUGUAAUUUAAAAGCCAUACAACUUGGGAAUGAACAAAUGAUUGAUGAUUUAAACAGUACAAUUCAAAGACAAGAAGUUGAAUACAUAGAACUGAAAAAGAAAAGGGAUGAGUUUGAAAAAGAUGCAAAACAGGCUGCAAUGAUAAUUGCCCAAAAAACCACUACUAACGAAGACUUGGAAAAAGAUCUGCUCAAAGCACAUCAAUUAUUAGUUAGUUUUAACCAUUCGCUUGCCACAAAAACUCAAGAGAUCGAGGAAUUAAAAACUACUGUUGCAAGUCAAGAUAAAGUCAUGCAAGAACAUAACCAUAGGUUUCAUGAAUUAUGCAGACAAUUCGAAGAAUACAAAACUGAAUUUAGUUUGGAACGUCUCAAUAAAGUGUCACAAGAUUUAUUCGCAGCAAACAGGAGGGUAGAGGAGGUUGAAAAAGUAAACAGAGAAACAGCAAAGCUGAAUGAAUUACUUACAAGGAAGUUGGCCUCAGGUGAUUUCGUACACGGAAAUUUUCGCUCAUAGCUUUAUAUAAAAAAAAUAUAAUUAAGUUAAAUGUUAAUACAAUUUUUCCAAUAAAAGUUUCUGCAAA